AUGAUGAGCACAGUACCUCCUCCAACAAAUGCGUCUGUUGGUGGUAAUAAUAAUACAAAAGCUGAUAAUAAACCCGCUUUUGCAGAUAUAGAGGAUGCAUUUCAAGGUUUAGAUGUAUCGCGUUUAUCAUCAGAAGAUAUUAUAUCUCGGACACGUUUACUUGACAAUGAAGUUAAGAUAAUGAAAAAUGAUAUUGUACGUAUUUCACAUGAGUCACAAUCGAUGCGGGAUAAAAUUAAAGAUAAUAAAGAGAAAAUAAAAGUGAAUAAAACAUUGCCUUAUCUUGUAUCAAAUGUUAUUGAGCUUUUUGAUUUGGAUCCGCAAGGCGAAGAAGAUGAAGGAGGUAACAUGGAUUUAGAUGCUCAACGAAAAGGAAAAUGUGCUGUUAUUAAAACGUCUACAAGACAAACAUAUUUUUUACCUGUUAUUGGUUUAGUUGAUCCUGAAGAAAUGAAGCCAGCUGAUUUAGUGGGUGUCAAUAAAGAUUCAUAUUUAGUACUAGAGAAAUUACCGGUGGAAUAUGAUUCACGUGUCAAAGCAAUGGAAGUUGAUGAACGUCCCACUGAACAAUAUGGUGAUAUUGGUGGAUUAGAUAAACAAAUACAAGAAUUAAUUGAAGCUGUUGUAUUACCAAUGACACAUAAAGAUCGAUUUGAAGCAUUAGGUGUACAACCACCAAAAGGUGUCCUAUUAUACGGUCCACCCGGAACGGGAAAAACACUUUUGGCACGUGCUUGUGCUGCUCAAACAAAAUCAGCAUUUCUCAAAUUAGCUGGACCACAACUUGUUCAAAUGUUCAUUGGUGACGGUGCAAAAUUGGUACGUGAUGCAUUUGCAUUAGCAAAAGAAAAAGCUCCGGCAAUCAUAUUUAUUGAUGAAUUAGAUGCUAUUGGUACAAAACGUUUUGAUAGUGAAAAAGCGGGUGAUCGUGAAGUACAACGAACAAUGUUAGAACUAUUGAAUCAACUGGAUGGUUUUCAACCGAAUCAUGACAUCAAAGUUAUAGCAGCUACGAAUCGUGUAGAUAUAUUGGAUCCGGCAUUAUUACGUUCAGGACGUCUCGAUCGAAAAAUAGAAUUUCCACAUCCAAAUGAAACGGCACGUGCACGUAUUAUGCAAAUACAUAGUAGAAAAAUGAAUACAAAUAAAGAUGUAAACUUUGAAGAAUUAGCACGUUGUACAGAUGAUUUCAAUGGGGCGCAAUGUAAAGCCGUGUGUAUCGAAGCUGGUAUGAUUGCACUUCGUCGAAAUGCUGUUGAAGUCAUACAUGAAGAUUUCAUGGAUGCUAUAUUAGAAGUACAAGCAAAGAAAAAAAUGAAUUUAAAUUAUUAUGCUUAA